GUUUCCUGAGCAGCAGGCAUCCAGAGGGUUUGGAGUGGGGGGGGUUCCGGGCGCCCCUGGAGGCUGGGGAAGGAGGGGUCCCCGGGCUCGGCUUCCCUGGGGCGGGGAUUCCCUUGCCCGAGUCCCCAGGCGCAGGGGCGGAGCCAGGGGCGUCCCUGACGCUACUGCCGGGGUGUUCCUAGUCCGGUGUUGUUCCCCACGGCAGGUGGCCCCGGACUCGAGCUGCAGCCAUGGGAAACACCACCAGCGACCGGGUGGCUGGGGAGCGCCACGGCGCCAAGGCUGCACGCUCCGAGGGCGCCGGCGGCCAUGCGCCGGGUAAGGAGCACAAAAUCAUGGUGGGGAGUACCGACGAUCCCAGCGUCUUCAGCCUGCCGGACUCCAAGCUCCCUGGGGACAAAGAAUUUGUAUCAUGGCAACAAGAUUUGGAGGACUCCGUAAAGCAUACACAGCAGGCCCGGCCCACUGUUAUCCGCUGGUCUGAAGGAGGCAAGGAGGUCUUCAUCUCUGGGUCCUUCAACAAUUGGAGCACCAAGAUUCCACUGAUUAAGAGCCAUAAUGACUUUGUUGCCAUCUUAGACCUCCCUGAGGGAGAGCACCAGUACAAGUUUUUUGUGGAUGGACAAUGGGUUCAUGAUCCAUCAGAGCCUGUGGUUACCAGUCAGCUUGGCACGAUUAACAAUUUGAUCCAUGUCAAGAAAUCUGACUUUGAGGUGUUUGAUGCUUUAAAGCUAGAUUCAAUGGAAAGCUCAGAGACAUCUUGUCGAGACCUUUCCAGCUCUCCCCCAGGGCCUUAUGGUCAAGAAAUGUAUGUGUUUCGAUCCGAGGAGAGAUUCAAAUCCCCACCCAUCCUACCUCCUCACCUUCUUCAAGUUAUUCUUAACAAGGACACUAAUAUAUCUUGUGACCCAGCCUUGCUUCCCGAGCCCAACCAUGUUAUGCUGAACCAUCUCUAUGCAUUAUCCAUUAAGAUAAAGAAACUAAGGCUCAGAGAAGGUCAUAUUGCCAGACAGUGUGAUGGUCCUUAGCGCAACCCAUCGCUACAAGAAGAAGUAUGUCACUACUCUGCUGUACAAGCCCAUCUGAAGGGAUCCCUUCCUGCCUCCGGGAUUCAAGAGAAGCAUCUCCCUUGCCUUUCUGGACUGGACCAGUCUUCACCGGAGACUGGAAGGCUAACUUGCUUUGAGGCUGAUGUGUGUGUUUCAGAGCCUUUGAGUAGGAUGCUCUGCUUUUGCAUCUGGUUGCAGAUGAGAGCUUUAUGAGUUCAUGGAAUUUAUUUUAAGAAAAAAAAAUUAUAUAUAUAUACAUAUACAUAUAUGAGAGGAAGGUUAAUGGAAGCCUCCUAGCUAGAUGUGUUCUCUCUGCCUAUGGGGACUCCCCAAGACCUGUUUGGGGGAGCCGCAGGAAGGACCGUUACAGGAAGCUUGUUUCCUAAAAUGAACGAAGAGCCAACUCUCAGGAUCCUUGUUGGGUAGAGAUUCUGUCACUGCUACCUUGGCUCUCCAAAGAAUGGGCUUGUGCCAGACUUCUGCCCUACUUCCAGCUGCCUCCUUGGCAGGGGCAGCUUUCCUUGCAUGGGUUCUCUGUAUUCCUAGAGUGUGUGGCACAGUCUGUGCUUUUUAUGAUAACCAGAUGCCCCACAGGAACCCUUUCUCUUCUCAUUUCACAUUCUUGCUUUGAUAACCUCCUUCCGAUCCUAUACCUGACCCUUCCCUAACAACAAAACUCACUGGCAGGUGACCCCUUUCAAAGGCUACGUAAGACCUGACCCACCUCAGAGACUAGGGCUGCCAGAAAGUCUCCUUUUUUAGCCCAGCACAGGCCCAGGCCACUUUGUUACCACUUGUUUUAACUUCUACUAAAGAAAAUAGGUCUCAGCGUUGUAAGGAAGGCGGAACGCGGAAGGUCUACUUUCUUGUGUUAGUUUAGUGCCACGGCUUAGGCUGUCUUGGCACGUUCCCGUCGGUUUUCCCACCUGGCCUGGCCCUGCUUCCAUAUUUUCUUUCACAGAUCAGACACCUUUGAAGAUGGGAGUGGAACCAGGGAAUGCUUUAAUGUCUUUCAUCCUUGGGAGAUUUUUUAUGUGCCUACAUUUUUCUUUAAUUAAAAAAUGCCUUUUCAUUGUUCUUAAGAGACUACAUAAGAGAAUUUUAGGCCCUUGAUAAAUGGUUCCCAAGAUUUUCUUCAACAAGAAAGUAGUAGUCUAUUCCUCUACAGUCUUACAUUAAUGUGACCAACCCCAUGCACAUCAUUACACUAAACACUGUUCUAGAUACAGAUUCAGGUUCACUGGGUGCACCUAAAAAUUUCUUUUAACUUCAAGAUCCAUGACGCCAAGAAGCAGGAAAGUAGCCCUGGUGUUCUAACCGUGAAUAGUAUUGCUUCCCUGUACCAAGUGCUAAUGGAAAAUCACUUUGUCUUUCUCUUUUUUAAAAGUGUUUGAUGAUGAAGCGAGGUCAGUGACUUUCAUUUGUGGAAUGAAAAGUAGCUACUCAUUCCACUCUUGAAAUGUUGUUCAAAGAUAAAACUUUUUUUCCCCAAAUAUCUGUGGCUCUUCCAUUACAGAUAAAUGCAAGUUAAACAUUCAACUCUGAAGGAGGCCAAACUUGUUGCUUGAGAGACACCUUCACUGUUAAGAUGUGUCCAGCCGCACUGAAAGGGCGCACCCAUAGGUCAGUUUAGCUACCUCCUGUCUUUCCUAUUCAAAGCUGAUGACACAGUUGUCUUCGGGUUAUGUAGACCUGUUAGAUCCUGGGAGGGAGGCAGUAGGGCAUUGGGGUGGUGGUUUUGCUGGGAAUGUAAAUUGUUAAGUGCUUUGGUGGUUACUUGCCGAGAGUAAAUACCGCUUUAGCCACUCAAGGCUGCCUUCUGCAGCAAAAGGCUUGUGUGGGAAACCUUUUAUGGUCCCAACCACUUGUUGAGUGGUGUGUCAUUUAAAAAAUCCAGGCCAAAUCCUAUUAUUACCAGCUCUCAGGAUCUACAUUGUCUUCAGUUAUAGUACUGUUUUUUCCAAUACCCAUUAAAUAAGUGGGCCACAUAGGAGGAUUCAAAAUCCUGGUUGUUAAAUGGAGGAUUUUGUUACACUCCUUUUUCUUGUCAACAGUAUUGAAAUGUGAUUGCCUAUGUGUUCGUGUAUUAAAAUUUUUACUCUACACAGGUGUAUCAGUAGAGUGGGGCAGGAAAAGAGAUCCCUUUAAUUUUGAUUUCAAGCCAGAGGCUUCUGACUCCAGUGACGCUAGGUUUUGGUGCUGGUGGCCUUGAGAUCUUCCCGAUCUGGAAAUGUAGAGUGUCAGUUUCCCAAGUUCUGAGGUAAUCUCUUGGCCAAAUGUGACAUGAGAGCCCACCAGCUGGUAUGGAAGAGGACAGGCAAGGAGAGCUGGGCGAUGCCCCCUUCAGCACUGUCCCUUCUCUGCACUGCUCAUACACCUCUGGCUCUGAGAAGCCUGUCACACACAGUCUGUCUCCAAGAAACUGUUCUAGAAGGUAGAGAGGAAAGGAGGAAGGUAGCCCAGAGUACACCCCACUCAUUCUUUUAUGUUGGUUAAAGGGAUAGUUUAUUUUCUGCAAGAGAGAGCUUGGCAGAUUUUGAAAAUGAAUAAAGGCAAAAAACCCCCACAUUUUUAGCUUUUUUGUGAAAAAAGCUGUGAAACCUAUAGGAGUUUCACAGAGUCAAAGUUAGAAGAGUUAGAAAAUCACUCUUUAGGAGGGCUCACCCUUUUUAAGAACUGCAUCGUGGUUUGGGGGUUGUGAGGAAAAAGGAAGAGUGACUGAGCUAAGGAGGAUACUAGGAAACUAAAGGCUUCCAUAACUCAGAACUAAAAGUAGCCUUUUUGUUGUUAAUUACAUGAGACCUGACAUACUGGAAUCCUUGGAUCUCACUGAACAGAACCUACUAUAUAAAACAUCCCUUCGUCUCUUGUUCUGUUCUCUACCCUUUUUUCUGAAUUCUGCUUUACCUUCAAGCUGACUUUUACCAGAGUCUCAGGUCAAACAGUACCUAAAACAAAUGUUAGUCCUCUUGCUGGUAUGGUCAUGGUUAUUAGCUUGCAUUAAGCUUAGAAAUGAAUGGGAUUUGGUCACUGCAAGUAACACCCCCUAGGGGCAUACCUGGCCUCUACGGUGUUGGCUUUUUUAAAAACAAUGCUUACAUGGUAGAGAAACCCUGUAAAAGAAGAAUCCAAGAGAAGAUUCUGAGAGGAUUGUACAAACCUCGGCCUCCAAUUAUUUCUUGUCUCUUGUAGACCUAAUGGAUCUGAAAAAAGCCUUUUCAAAGUGUCAGUACUACAUGCAUGCUGCUAAAAUGAAGUUUGGAAAGAAGUAUUACCUCCAGGCUGGGCUUAUAUUAAUCUGAGUAUAAAUGAAGGAGACAUAGUAAUGAUAGAAUCCCCUGCUUCUAAUUGGGGAGAUAGGGCUUUUAAAAUUUUGACCUCAACUAAAAAUGAUAUGCAAUAGUCUAUGUUGUAUGUGUUUGAAAAAUAUUCUAUCUCAGAGAUUUCUAAGUCCUCACGUUCUAGUGAUUUGGGGCACAGGCCUACGAGCAGAUACACAAUUUGUUCACACAUUAUUCUGACUCAUCCUUAAAACCAAGGCCUUGCUGUCUUCUACCAGGGACUGCUAGCUCCAGCUACGCAUGGGAUAGAGCACCUGGGAGGGGUGGGGUUAGGGUCUUUCACAACUCCGGAUCUAGGCAUUUGUCUCUCCCUAGGUGCCCAUCACAGCAGAAGGUAGAAGGCCUAUCAUUUCUUCAGUGAACCCAAACUUUUGGAGUAAAAGGGCCAAAUUCAUUUUUUAAAUUAUAAGAAGGAAGGGAGGGAGGAAAAGAGGGAAAGAAAGAGAAACCUUAAGAGUCUAUUACUUAUGAAAUCCAAUUCUUAGCAGUGGAAUCCCUCUAGGAUUCAAAUGUGGGCUUUGUCUUGAUUUACUUUUCUCGAUUGUGCUUUGAAGUGAUUAAAUUUCAUUAAAAAUUAAUGUAUUAGUUCCAUCCUUAUUUGGAGUUGAAUUAAUUGGGUGUAGCACAGUGCUUUUGCAGUAAGAUUGCUGUGAAAUACCAAACGCUCUGUGGAUUUUGUAGUCAGGUUAAAUGGUCAAGGGGUAUCUACCUACCGUAAGUAUUAUGUAUUUGAUCAUCUUUUCUGUUCCCACCUACAGAACACUUACCUUACCUAGCUUGUGGUUUUAGAACAGCCAAAGCUCACUGAUGUCCAUUAGUCCUAAUCUCCACACUGGGCCCAUAUGUGAGACUUGUUUGAAUUUUGGUAAAUGGGAGGAUGCUGGUUGUUAUUUCACUGAAGCAUUUUGAAUGAGUGCAGCUCUGUCAUAAAGGGGGAAUAAGACUAUAAUUUGGAAGGGAAUUAAAUAAGCAAGUCCUCCUUUAAAUGGUGCUUUUUGUAACCUUUAGUGCCGAGGUACAGAGCUGUAUUCCACAAAGGAAUGGCAUAUGAGAAUGGAUUUUAAAGCUUUUCUCCAAAUGUAAUUUGUCAUUGGACUUUGACAUGUCUGAAAAUUAUGUGAUGUAACAGACAGAAAUGUGACAUUUUUUCCCAUAAAACUGUUGAAUAAAAAAUAUUACACAGCAAUAA